CUAAAAUGUAAACAAUAACAAUCACUGUUAUUUUCUGCAACUCCAGGUUAUUUGAGUUAUUUAUUGGAUAUUCACGAAAUUCGGAACUUUUAAAAGACUGCAAUUUUUUACGGCACCUCAGUUUUUCCGAAAUGCCUUUGUGUUCUUCUCUUCGCAACUCCCAAAAUUUUUUCCAGAAAGGCGAUUUUAAGUUAAUCUCUCGUUGAUAUGUUACACAAACCAACCGUAAGGCAUUCUAAAUCAGUUAUCACCAGAUCGUUUUAUUCUUUGAUGCCCUGUGCCCGUUUCAGCCUUAAUCGGUAAUCCAAUACCGUAAUUUUCUCCCUUCCUCUCUGCUCUGGGGAUUUCUAAAAGUGAGAUGUACACAACUCGCUCCGGAAUGAAGAACAACUCAAUUGUUUUAACGUAUCAUGAUUCCCUUCUCAGAGAAUCGGAUGUGCAUUUGCUUAAAGGUUCUCACUGGCUGAAUGAUACAAUUAUAGGAUUUUACAUGGAAUACUUAUCUCAUGAGAUGUAUCCUGGCUGUGGUCUCUUAUUCAUAAGCCCUGAGGUAACACAGUGCUUGAAAGAAAGCCCUAGAUCGGAGCAAGAAAUUUUCCUGGAUCCUCUGUACAGGGAUCACUCAUUUGUUUUCUUUCCCCUGAAUAACAAUGAGGCAGUGGAUUAUGCAGGAGGUACUCACUGGAGUUUGCUUGUCUAUAGCCGCAAUCAAAACAUGUUUUUCCACUUUGACUCAUCAACGGGCACUAAUUACUCAGCUGCAAACAAACUGGCUCUCAAAAUCCAUUAUUAUUUUAAUAAAUCAUUAGAUGACUUCCAGAUUGUUGAAGUCUCCGACUGUCUACAGCAGGAUAAUAGUUAUGACUGUGGAAUCUACUUGUUGUGUUUUAUAGACCACCUAGCAAAAGAGGUACUCAGGCAUGGUGAAUUAAAUGACUAUGGAAUCAUGGAUCGAUCACUCUUCCAAAAUAAACGUUCAGAGCUCCUGUCACUCAUAAAUGGCCUCAGAGGAAAUUAACAGAAGAGUUGAAACUUUUUUACUGACAUUAAACAAAAAUUUACUUGCAAAUCUGGUCAGUCAAGAAUAUAAGGAAUACUUUAACUUUCAACGUCUGUGACACAACUUGUAAUUAUUUUAUCACAUCAUAGAAUGCAAAGGCAAAUUGCAAAUACUCCAUGCAAGCUAGUCUUUCCAGACUCCCUAUCCUUCUUUGAUAGCUGAAAUUUUUUUAUUAUGUAAUUUUUUUCUCCAAGGCUCGGUUAAAUUGUUGUCUCUAGAACUAAAAUUACCUCAUUGUUUUCAGUAAAGUUUCAGGUCUCAAAAAAUAAGCGACCUCUUCCAAAACCCUGACCUUGCUGACCCUGAAUUUGGUCACAGAUCGUUGAAAAUUUUGGCACGAAAGAGCAUUUCUCAUCAGUACUUGCUAAUUUGAAAGUGAAAACAAUCUCACUGUGAUAUUGUUAUGACGUUUGUAGCAUGAGUGUGCACCUACCCAUUUGAGUAUGUAAUAUCUCUUAACUAUUACAGAUUGUUAAGGAGACUUUUCUCUAAUUGGGGAAUGAACUUUUUAACCUUUGUUUACUUCUGUAGGGCACCUAGGCUGCUGAUUUGUUUGCAUUUUUGUGUGUUUUAUUUUGAUCACUUUUAACUGAGAUACUGCUCGCUAUCUUUUUUUUUUUUUAUCUUCGACCAUUUUAGAGUCAAUUUGUGCUUCUUACCCAAAAGUAAGUGAUAAAAAAAAAGGAAUUCGUCUUUGUAAAAUUAAGUAUCACUCCUAAUAAUAGAAUAGUCUUUUUGUAUGUAUACGUACAAAAAUAAAAAAAUUAAAUUAGUUAAGUCGGUUAGUGUAGAUCUGUAUUAGGCCUUGGUAACAUUGAAGUAGGUACUGCAUAUUUUGGGGUAUCGCAAUUGAUUUUCAGUUAGCUCCCAAAAACGGACAACUUAAGUUACUCAAUGUAGCAGCUUUUAUUUUAAGGUGUUUCUCAUAAUUUUCAUUGUUGACAGUUUUGUCUAAAAAAAUCGACGCAAAAAUUUUAAUAUCAAGAUCCACCCACGUUAAUAUGUAUUUAACACUUCGAGUAUGUCUGUACAAGUGCAUAUCAUCAUUUUCGAGAUCAGCCUUCAGUGCUAGAGGCUUGAAACUCGUCUUUAAACUGCUGGGAAUGUUUUCUCCUAAUUCACCAAUCUACAUCAUCUUGGUCUAAUUUGAGGUGUAUUGGAGUCUAAAUUGAGGAAAUUAUGAUCAAAAAUAUUUUUUUUAAAAAAAAUUAUUUUACAUAACUUUCUAUUUUUUCUAAACUGGAACACCGGACCUCACUGGCUGAUUUUAGCUCAGAAAUACAAUUUAAUUGAAAUUGAAAGAGAAAUGUGUCACACAAUGUAUAUUUAUAUCAGUUUCCUCUUCAAUCAUAUGUAGUUCAGUUUGAUACUUUCUGUAAAAUCUAACCUAAUGUGAUCAAAUAAGCCACUCCAAUGGUGCAGUCCCGUCGCAAAUACGAUAUGAGUAGUAUAAUCCGGUCGUUAAAACACAAGCUAAUUAAAUGCACUUUCUUACUUAAGCCUUGUGAGAUUUCAAUGCUACAUUAACAUUUCACUAAUGCUACCACUCAUAAUGUUGCGGGGCAAUUUUGAAAGCCUGUGUGUACAUACUACAUGUUUGCCACGCAAUGGAUAAGUUGAUUGAAAAGUAGGGCAUCUGAACAGAAAGCUGUUGUUACUCCAUGCUGCUCUCUAAUGAGCAAUAAGUAAUUUCUCCCAAAUCCUCUUUCUCAUUAUGUAACUCUAUUUUUUUUAAGUGACUCUUCUUUUUUUUUAAUAUUGCUUUGUCACCUGUCACCAAGAAGCCACUAGUGAAACACUGUGGUUUCCAAGGAAAAUUAAAUGGGCAGUUGCUCUUAACUCUCACCAUUUCAUAUUCUGAAGGACAAAAGUCAUAGAGGAGAAAUUAUGUAUUUGCCCCUGGAAAAUACUCCAAUAGCUAAGGCCUAAUUAAAAGUGUAAGUUUGGAUUAAUUUUAGGAAAGUUUGAGCCUUUCAAUGUUUAAUUCAUAUCUUCCAGUUUGUUAAUGUAGAUGGUCAAAAGAAAGGGGCAUCUUCCAACAAACCACUGCAAAUCUUGGGCCAAACUAAACUGAAAAUAUCUCCAACUUAUCUAAUAUUAAAAUUAAUUCUACCUUACCAAAAAUAUUUUUUUACAAAAAGUAUUAUCAGUCAUUUCUCUUUCUCCGUGUUCCUCAGUUAUGGUUUUGAUAGUUUAUAAUUAGUUUUUGCUCUUGUUGAAAGAGAUUUGUUUUCCUGUAAUAAACUCACUUAAGAUUGUUUAAAA